AUGUCCUUCCAGGCCAACCCGGAAAGUAUGCUCAGAUACCCAGAACAAAUGCAACACGAUGGUCUUCUAACUGAACAAGAUCAAAAAUUUAUUACUGAAUUUUUUAAUACAAUCGCAACCGAAGAACCACCAAAUCAUAUGAUGGAUAUCACACAUCACAGUCAAGCGAGUCUUUCAUUUCACGACGCUCAAACUUCAGUAAGAGGAUUUCAAGCAGGAUUUGGUUCUAACUUUGAUGCUAAUGCUGGGUACGCUGGAACUGGUGGAUAUAUAUAUCAACCUAUCGGUUCCGCCUCCAUUACCAUACCGGCAAACCAUGGCUAUAUUCAGACAGCUAAUUUUCAUCAAACAUCUUCGCAUGCUCAUAAUAAUUAUGUACAACCGCAAUAUCCUUUAAAUCAUCAAAUAUCGCUAAAUAAUGGAUUAAAUAUUCAUAGUACUGGAAAAGUCAAAUCCAUCGCAAAUAACCAUCCUUCAGCAUUGUAUAUAAAGACUGAACCAACGACAGUUAAUAAUAGAAGACAAAGAUCGCAAUCACCGCCAAGAUCAAAUUUAGUAGCAAAACAAGCUUUAAAACGUACUCCUUCUCGGCGAAAGUCUAUUAAAAAUUCAAAUGACGUAAAUACAUCAUUAAAUGAAUCCAAAUCAGAUGAAGGAAGUAAUUCAACGACAUCUACAGUAAUUCCUACACUUUCUUCUUCUCCGUCUGGAUUAAAUACUGGAUCAUCAUCGACAACAGAAGCAACACCAGCAUCGCCAAAAUUAGCAUCCACAUCAGAAUCAAAUAAUACUCAACCUCCAACACCGGCACCGAAUCGUGGAGGAAGAGGGAAAAAAGGACAUCACGAACUAUUAACUGAGGCAGAAAAAAAAGCAAAUCAUAUCGCAUCUGAACAGAAAAGACGACAGAACAUUCGUUUGGGUUUUGACCAAUUAGUUGAAAUUGUACCAACACUUAGUCAAUGUCAUCGAAGCGAGGCAUUGAUUCUUCAAAAAUCUGUGGAAUAUAUACAACAGCUCCUAAUGCAAAAAAAUGAAUUAAAAGAUCGAGUCAAGUCGUUGCAGGCAACAUUAGGCGAUGCACCCGAUCAUGUGGAUGAUUCGUCAUCUGACGGAGAACUCGACCUUAUCUUCUGA